AUGCCAAACUUGCCGAUUAUUAUCGUUAUCUCAAGGAAUAUGCCGACAAGCGUUCGUUAUAGUUCCGUUCAACCACCUCAGCAACCAACACCAACAACUCAUUUCAAUUAUCCGAUUCAAGUACAUCAACCACAACAACUUCAUCUCCAUCAACAGCAGCAGCAACAACAACAACAACAACCACCACAGCAACAGCAGCAACAACAACAACAGCAACAAUCAUUAACAAUACAUCGUCAUCAUCACCAUCAUCAUGCUGCGCAUCGUAUAUCACCAACAUUUCAAAAUCAUAGUUUAUCAUCAUACUCCAAUCAUCGAUUGAAUUCAAAUAAUAAUAAUAUACAUGUUCAACCAACAUCAACAUCAACACCAACAUUAUCAUCAAAUCAAUCGUCAGCUUAUUUUCUCGAUCGAGUUGAUUUAGAAAAUUAUACGACACAUACAUUAAAACAAACUGUUGAGAAUAUUUUAUCGAAAACAAAAUCAAAAGGUCUAAAAGUAAAACUAUCAUUGCCGGAUGAUGGUCUGAUCAUCGACAAUAUCACUGAUCCAUCUCAAUCAUGGAUAUUUAAAACACCUGAAUUACUCUACUUUUGGCGUGACCCUUAUUAUAUGAAUAUUAUUGUUGUCGUAACGAUCAAUCGAUCACGCCAUCAUGCCAAUCAACCGUAUUCAGCGUCGGUAUUUCGUUUACGUGGUACCGAUUCAGCCCAAGCAUUUCUCCAACAAGCCCAACGAUUCUUUGUCAAUCUCUCGGGAUCCGUAAGUGCUUCCAGUGUUGCUAAACCCGUUCGAUACAAAUCAGUUGAUAAAUUACCACGAAAUGAAAGUCAUAGUAUUGAUCAUAAUACGUUGACAAAUCACAAAACGAAAACGAAAUCUCUUUCAAUUAUCAAUGAACAGAAUGCGUUUACUCAAAAAACAUCAUCAUCGUCAAAUCGUCAUCAAUCAUCUCCACCACCUGUUUCAUCGUCAGCAACUAUUCGCCGUGUGACACGUGCAGAAUUCGAUCCAGGUAAAUCGUCGACGAACGAUUCUAAAGGUGGUCAAACAAAUCAUCGAACCUAUAGUGAUACAGCAUCAUCGAUCGAUUCACAAACGACCAAUUCAACCAAAGAAAUCUUAUCGUAUACAAAGAAGCCGUCACGCAAUGGUGACGAUGAAGAUGAUGAUAAAAUGACUACGAUUAGCAAUAAUUUAUCAGGUGAUCAAAUAGCAGAAUUAAUGCGUGAAUUAAAAGAAUUACGUAAUGAAAUCGCUUCAUUAAAACUAGAAAAGAGAAUUUCACAUGAUACGCGUUCGAUGAGUACUAGUCCAUUAGCUGGUAAAGUCGACAAGCCGAAAACGGUAUUAGAUACAACGACGACAACAUCGUCAUCGUCAUUUCCUGACAUAACCUCCCAGUCUGAAGUUGAUGCGGAAACGCAAACCGACUUUAGCUUAAUUAAUCAUCGACGGCGACAAUUACUGAAAAAGAAUAAGAAGACCAUGAUUGGCUCGGGCGUCGUUUCGUCUCUAAGCAAGAAAACAGCCCAGCAAGCAACUGUACGAAAUGGUCGAAGAACAUUUUCGAAUAGUUCAACAAAUACAGUUUCGGAUCAAGAAGAAGCAGCAUCGGAUGUUUCUCCCCAAGUGAAUGAUGUGUCAAUUGAUACUCCAACUGUUUCACUUAAUCACCAGCCAUAUCAACCAGUCAUUUUAUCAGCACCACCUCGUCCUGUUUUAGUAAGAAAUCAAAGUAAUUUUAUUUCUUUAAAUAAUUUAACAGCAUAUACAAUGACGAAUGGCAAUCAAAUAGUACCGAAUUCGAAUUUGACGGAAGAAGGUCUCUCAUCACAUGGCUUACCUGUGACCCUCGAGAAAGAAAUUGAUCAAUUUCUUUCUACCAAUAUUCCUACUUCAAACACCGACCUUCUUGGACCCCAAUUACCCAUGAUCAAAGCAGGAGGUAGUAGUUUUCGUGCACCCGCCGAAAACAGUAAACCUCCUACGGAUCAUAUUUACGAAAAUGUACCUAUUUUAAUACAACCAAAAGUGAAACGAGAAUCAUUUUAUAACAUCCCGAUUAUCAAUGUUGAAGAUCAACAGCAAUCGCAGCAGCAACAACAAACACCAACACAGACUCAAGUACAACAGCAACAACAACAAGCGCCAACACAAGCACAACCACAGCAGCAACAAAAUCAAUCAGAAAGUUAUGUCUAUUAUACACUCACAAACAAUACUGAAAAAGAAACUCCACAACAGUAUCUUAUGCCGGGCCAACUGCUUGCUAAUUCACCUCCCACUAACGAUACGAAUGGUACCGAUGCUCAACUGCAAUCUAUGCAAUAUCAACCACAGAAGCCGCAAAUUAUUUCUGUCGGACGUCAUCGUAAUCAGCCGAUUUAUUUCGCCAAUCAUCUGACAAAUCCUAUAUUCAAUGUUGAUAAACAAUUGUUAACCAAUACAAUUGCUAAUCAAUUCGGUGUUGACCUUAAUUCUCCACAAUUACAACAAUUAAUUUCAAAUCAACAUAUAUUCGCUACACGCAAACGUACAUUCGCCAAUAUGGUUUGGCAAUUAACACCUGAUGAAGAAACUGCUCUAUGUUCGUCACCUGUUACUACUCAAACUGAUACCAUUGAUGUAAAUAUAACAGAAACGACAAGUAUCAGUUCUCGAUCGAUAUUGAAAGCAACGAAGCGUUUUCGUCCAACAGCUAAACGGCGAAGUAUUAGUUGGGAUACUACCCUGGAAUAA